GCAGGGUUAGCGUUUGGGAUCGGGCUCACAGAUGCAGGGCCGUGGGAGGACCCAAGUCUCCCCUUCAGUGGGCUUGACUGCAUGUGGUGGGGGCGGGGGGGGUGGCAGGGGACACGGUCAUGGUCAUAUUAGCAGACCCUGAGCCCUCCAGCUGUGAGAAGCUGAGGCAUCUCCAGCACUGGGGUUUGUGAGGGCGGCUGUGGGGUGCAGUGUUUUCUAGACAACAGAUAGCAGGUCUUUGGCCACCUGCAGAUGUGUUUGGGGGUACCCAUUGAGGGGACAGGUAGGUGAAUGACCUUCCCUGUUCCUGCAGGCUGAGCACCAUGAAUCUCUGCUUCUACCUCUGGUUGUGGCUGGGGGCUGCCCUGGGCAUGGGGCAGUGCCAAGGUAAGGACGGGCCCAUGCUUCUAGGGACCUAGGUGCCCCCAUCACCCGGGGCCUCACCCAGGCAGCCUGGCCAGGUGCAGCCCCACCGUAGGGACAAAAAUGGCCUAAAUCUAGUGUCAAAGGCAAAGGUGCCCCUUUUGGCUUCUCCCUCCCCCAGGAAGUGCGGCUGGUGGUCCACACACUUUGGCUCAGCCCUGCCGCAGCAGCUCAUGCCCACUGUCAGUGUGGGACCACCUUGCUGAUGGUCGCAGGGUGGCCUGUCUGCUCCUUUGGCUCUGAGGGGACUCCACACAGGGCCUGGGUUGGGGUGACUGCUGGAUGGUUGGGGGCCGAGGCCCUGGUCAGUACGCAGCCUCAGCUUGCCAUCCAGGCGAGUAGCCCUGAUGCUUCAAAAGUACCUGAGCUCCGUAGGAGGCCACAGCUCUGCUCUGCUCAGUCCAGGACACGGACACGGUGGGUCUGGCUGUCUGUGGGGUUCCCUGAGCCUCCAGGCUCUGUUAGAGGCUGUGGCCCUGGACCCCAAGGGGAAACUGAGUCAAGUGGAGAGCAAGCAAGAGCCGAGUGUGGUCAAGGAGGAGUGUGGACAGGGAGGGCGUGGUGUGCCCUUAGUCAAAGCCUGAGGCACGGCUGGAGGGGCGUUUCCUGCCGUCUGGCCACCGUCCGUCCAUCCGUCUGUCCACUGCCUCACUGCCUCACCAAGGCUCCGAGAACCCAAGCAUCAGACAGGGGCAUGGGAAGGCCUUCCUGAACAGAUGGCCCUUCAUAAACAGGAGCAGCCCUGCUCACAGCUGGCUUUCAUAGCCGCCCUCAGCCCCCAAGACAUUCCUGCCUUUCAGCCCACGGAUCCUGGAGCACCGGGCCACUGAGUGGGCUGAAUCCCUCCAUUGUGUGACCCAGGGGCCCCUGGGUGCAGCCAGAAGAAGCCCUCUCUGUCCCUGUUUCUCAAAAAUAGUUGCUCCCCCCAGCCUCCGGAAGGUUCCCAAGAGCCACAGGGCUCUGAGCCUCUUUCCAGGAGAGACCCCAGGGUGAGCCAUGCCCAGGGCUUGGGCUGCUCCCUCUUCUACGCCCCUGGGGCAACCACACCACCCGCCCUGGAUCGGCACUCCCUCCUGUGGGGUGGGAUUUCCUCACCCCAGAGCGAGGCCACAGGUGAGCACACACAGAGUGCUCACUCGUGUACAUAGAUGCAUCUGCCGCCAACAAGCACAGACGCACAUGCUUCUUUCCUUUGGGGGUGUGUCACCCUGCGAUAACCUCAGAACUGGGGCUGGGGGGGGAGGGGUCUGCAGCUGCACAGCUGACUUUGUGCCUCUGGCCUUGGGGCAGGUUUCCGGGGACGGCAGCUGCAAGGUUGGCCCAGUGCCCAGCACUCCCACCGAAGCCACCAGGGCGGCCCUGUCACCCUUGGGCCCCUCAGAGGGCUAGGCUUCAGUUCCUAGGGCAGGACUAGUCUUCUGAAGACCCCUCCCCCCAGUAAUGCUAAGUCCUUUCAGGCAGGGCUGGGUCCCCUGGGGCCCCCACAGCUGGUUGCGGGGAGGAGCCCGGCUUGGCACUAGGCAGUGGCCCUGAUGUCCCCUCCCAUCUCCGCAGUGAGAGGCCUGAGGUUGGCUGUGCUGCCUGAGGACAGGCUGCAGAUGAAGUAGGGCGGUGGCCGUGGCUACCUGGUGCAGGUGAAGCCCAUGGCAGGGGACUCAGAGCAGGAAGUGAUGCUGACCACCAAGACCCCCAAGGCUACAGUGGGGGGCCUGAGCCCCUCCAAGGAGUACACGGUGCAGAUAUUUGCACUCUCCAGCUCUGGGCAUGUCCUGCUGGCUCGGAGGGAGUUUGUGAUCAAGGAUUUGAAGAGCUACUCUGUAAGCAGGAACAGCCAGAGGCCAUGGGGGGCAGCCCUGGAACCCACCCCAUCCCUGGUGGGAAGCCCAGACCUGGAGCCGACGUUGGAACCCCGAGUUGCCUGGGCCCCAAGCCACGACCCCCCCCUCCCCACAGGGGCCCCAUUCCACUGCACACCCGCUGUGCCCAUGGACAUGGUCUUCCUGGUGGACGGGUCCUGGAGCACUGGCCACAGGAACUUCCAGCUCAUCACGGACUUCCUGGCCAGUGUCGUGUCGCCCUUUGAGAUUGACCCCAACAAAGUCCAAGUAGGCCUGACUCAGUACAGUGGGGACCCCCAGACGGAGUGGGACCUGAACUCCUUCAGCACCAAGGAGGAGGUGUUUAGCGCCAUAGGGCGCCUCCACUACAAGGGAGGCAACACGUUCAUAGGCCUUGCCCUGACCCACGUGCUGGAGCAGAACCUGAGGCCUGCCGCCGGGCUCCGAGUGGAGGCGGUGAAGGUGGUGGUUCUGGUGACAGAUGGCAAGUCCCAGGAUGAUGCCUGCACUGCUGCCCGUGUCCUCAAGAGCCUGAGUACUGAUGUCUUUACCGUUGGGGUGAAGAACGCUGAUGAGGCUGAGCUGAGGCUCCUGGCAUCGCAGCCUCUGGACAUCACUGUCCACAACGUGCUGGACUUCCCCCAGCUCGGCACACUGUCCAGUCUGCUUAGCCGCCUUAUCUGCCAUCAUGUCCAGGGCAGGGGCCCACGGCAAAGAGACCCAGCGGCAGCUCCAGCCCUGGAUUCACUCCCCGCUCCCACUGGCCUGGUCCUGACCCCGGUGACCUGCUCCAGCAUCCGCCUGUCCUGGACUCCAGUCCCACAGCCGCCCCUCAAGUACCUGAUUGUGUGGCGCCCUUCCAGGGGCAGUGCCCCCAGGGAGGUGGUGGUGGAGACACCCACCUCAUCUGCGGAGCUCCGAAACCUCACCUCCAGCACAGAGUACCUGAUGUCCGUGCUCCCUGUCUACGCAGGCGGGGUUGGCGAGGGCCUCCAGGGCCUGGCAACCACAUUGCCUCUGUCUCCGCCCCACACGCUGGCCCUGGCCACAGUGACACCCCAGACCAUCCACCUCACCUGGCAGAACGUGCCUGGUGCCACCCAGUACCUGGUUCAGUGUUUGCUCACCCCUCCCAAGGGCGAGGAGGAGGGGAGAGAGGUACAGCAGGGCAGAAGUGGGUGGCCGGACGGUGGUGGAGCAGGCGGGAAGUCACUUGUGCUCCUGGCCCUCCAGGUGAGGGUGGGGCGGCCCGAGGUGCUGCUGGAAGGCCUGGAGCCGGGCUGAAACUACGCCAUCUCAGUGCAGAGCCUGCGGGGGUCCGAGGUCAGCGAGGCCCGGGGUGUCCAGGCCAGGACCCCAGCCCUGGCCCCUCCGAGACACCUGGACUUUGAGAAUGUGACCCACAACUCGGCCCGCGUACUCUGGGAGGGCCCCCAGACGCCUGCACGCCUCUGCCGGGCCACCUACAUCUCCAGCAAGGGUGACCACUUGGGACAGGUGGAGAUUCCCGGGAACGCCUCCUCGGCUACCCUGGGCCCACUCUCCUCCUCCACCACCUACACUGUCCGCGUCACCUGCGUCUACCCCGGGGGCGGCUCCUCCGCACUGACCGGCCGCGUGACCACGCAGAAAGUCCCCAGCCCGAGCCAGCUGACGGUUAUGGAGAUGCCUGGGGAUGAAGUCCAGCUGGAGUGGGCGGCCGCAGCAGCAUCUGAUGUGCUGGUCUACCAAAUCAAAUGGACACCCCUGAGUGAUGGGAAGGCCCAUGAGAUCUCUGUGCCUGGGAACCUCUGCUCAGCUGUCCUGCCAGGCCUGGGAAGGAAUGCUGAAUAUGACAUUACCAUCCUGGCCUACUACCAUGAUGGUGCCCAAAGCGACCCCGUGUCCCUCUGCUAUACCCCCUCUUCUGCCACUCGUGAUCUCUGCGCAGUGAGUCAGAGUCCCCCCUCCAACCUGGCCCUGGCCUCGGAGACACCCAACACCCUGAAGGUCAGCUGGACGCCCCCACAUGGCCACGUCCUCCACUACAGGCUCACCUAUGCACUAGCCUCCAGCUCAGGACCUGAGACAUCGAUCUCCGUUCCAGGACCCAGGAGCCACGUGACACUCCCUGACCUCCUGGCAGCCACCAAGUACAGGGUCCUGGUGUCGGCUGUCUAUGGGGCAGGGGAGAGCAUGGCUGUGUCAGCCACCGGCCAGACAGCCUGCCCCACGCUUAGCCCCGACAGCUCCCUUCCAGGGUUUGACCUCAUGGCUGCCUGCUUGGUGGAGAAGGAAUACACCUCCCUCAGCGGGGUGGCAAUGGAGCCCUCUGCAUUUGGGGUGGCCAAGACAUUCACACUCUUCAAGGACACCCAGCUGACACGCAGAGCCAGUGACAUCCACCUGGCCGCCCUCCCACCUGAGCACACCAUCAUCUUCCUCCUGCGCCUGCUCCCUGAGACGCCACGCGAGGCCUUUGUGCUGGGGCAGAUCACGACCGAGGACUUUCAGCCUGCCCUUGGUGUCCUGCUGGAUGCUGGCUGGAAGUCACUGACCUACUUCAACCACCACCCCAGCGCUGCCCUGCAGGGGGUCACCUUCCAUCUGCAGGAUGUGAAAAAGAUAUUCUUCGGGAGUUUCCACAAGGUGCACGUGGCUAUGGGCCGCUCCAAGGUCCAGCUCUACGUGGACUGCCAGAAGGUUGCUGAGAAGCCCUUCGGGGAGUUGGAUAGCCUGCCCACCACUGGCUUCGUCAUGCUGGGGAGGCUGGCUAAGGCCAGGGGUCCCCGCAGCAGCUCAGCCACUUUCCAGCUCCAGACCCUCCAGAUUGUCUGCAAUGGCUCCUGGGCGGAGGAGGACAGGUGCUGCAACCUGCCUGCCUUGGGGGAUGCCGAGACCUGCCCCACCUCGCCUUCUGUGUGCACCUGCUCCUCAGAGACUCCUGGGCCUUCUGGCCCCCAAGGGCCUCCAGGACUCCCUGGGAAGAGCAGCACCCCUGGAGAGCAGGGCUUCCCAGGGCCCAGGGGUCCACCGGGGAUCAAAAGAGAGAAGGGGGACCACGGACUCCCGGGCUCACAGGGCCUCCCCGGCCACCAUGGUGCCCCCGGGAGAGUCAGCCUCCAGGGACCAAAGGGAAUGAGAGGACUGGAGGGGACUGAUGGCCCACCCGGACCCCCUGGCCCCAGGGGGCUCCAGGGCGUGGCGGGUACCCGGGGGGCUGGUGGGGAGCGAGGACCCCCAGGGGCUGUGGGACCUACAGGGCUGCCAGGGCCGAAAGGGGAACGAGGGGAGAAGGGCGAGCUGCAGUCACUAGCCACCAUCUACCAGCUUGUGAGCCAGGCCUGUGAGUCGGCCAUUCAGACUCACAUGCUCAAGUUCAACUCUUUCCUCCAUGAGAGCACCAGGCCCCCAAUGCCCGUCUUGGAGGGGAAGAUGAGGCCAGGUGGGCCUGGACCCCCUGGUGUACACAGCAAGGCCGGGCCCGGAAAGCAAGCCCGUGGCAGUGGCCCCAAGGAUGGAGGUGAUCCUGGAGCCCUCAGCCCCACAGGCAGCCCAUCUCCUGGACCCUGGGGGAAAACAGGGCGGCCCCUGUGUUGCCCCACCUAACUGCAUCGGCCCUGG